AACCCUAACCCCUAAAUCCCACCCCUAAAUUCUAAACCCUAAACCCUAAAUCCUAAACCUCACCCCGUAACUCUAAAUCAAAUUUGGGUAUAAGUGUAUAUUUAUCUCUUUUGAUAAAACAUUAAGUGUUAUUUUGGUCAUUUUUAUUCUUAGAGACUAUAUUUGUGAUAAAAACUUUUUUAUUGAUAUCCUAGUCAUUUUCUCUUUAAUAAAUGUGGAAUAUAUAAUUGAAAAUAAAAUUUAAAAUAAGAAUUAGACCAAUCUAUAAAUUUCAACUGUAUUUUCUUAAAGUUUUUAUAUGAGACUUUAUUUCAUUUGGUCUCUUUGUUUAUUAUGCAAACUUUCCAAGUACGUGUUUUAGAUAGUUAACAGGAAAAGGAAACUUGCUUUAACUAUUAGAUUUUAUAAAUCGGCACAAAGGUCUUCUUUGCCUUUUAACUCACAUUUGAUUUGACCAAAACUCCUCUAAUCCAGGCAUCAUCGUUGACUUUUUCAAACUUUGUUUCCUUCUUGAACAUCUCAAAAAGGCCAGAACUCCUCUGUUUCUGUCUUCGAUUUCGCUGUGAACAAAUCAAUGGACAAUAAGCACCAUGCUUCAACUUCAUCUUCAACUUCAAAACCAAAGAACAAGAACAAGCUCUUGAAGAUGCUUCCCAAAGCUAUGUCCUUCGGACAUCGCGUACCGCCGUUUAGCCCCGGAAAAGAUCUCCACCACAACCACAAUACAACGUCAUCCUCCUCCAACAAAGCAUAUUUCUCCGGUCCUAUGGUCUUGGUUCCUAACGCCGCUCGUGUAAGGAGAAACAAAAGCGACGCCGUUUGGGAUGAGCCCACUUCACCUAAAGUCUCUUGCAUUGGCCAGAUCAAGCUCGUUAAAUCAAAACGCUCCUCUCUUAAGAAAAACCCUAAAACAUCUUCUUCCUCUUUAACCAAAGGAGAUGAUGGUAAAGGUCGUUUUUCAAAGUUCAAGCGUCUCUUCUCGUUCCCGUCGAGGGCUGGAGGUGACAAGUCUAGAAAACCCCAUCCCGCCGCCGUGACUGAACAGCCGGCUACGGUGGUUACCUCCGCGGCGGUGCCGUCGUUAGGUCAGAUGAAGAAGUUUGCGAGCAGCCGUGAUGGUUUAGGAAGAUUUGACUGGGAGGUCGAGAUGAAACGUGAAGAAGAAGAGUCUCCGGCUGAUCAUCGCCGUGGUUACUUUUCCGAUGAUGAGAGGAGAGGGGGUUGCUUAAGAGGCAAGGAAGAGGAAGAAGAUGACGUAAUAAUUCCGUUCUCAGCUCCGUUGAGUAUGAAGCCUAAGAAUGAAGUUAACUUGUGGAAGAGAAGAACCAUGGAUCCACCAAAACCACUUCAUCUUCAUACCUCUUGACCUUUGAAGUUACAUCUCCUUAUUUCAAUAUGUAAGUCACUGCAAAUUAAAUCGUAUAAUGAACAUCAUACAGAGUGAAUCAGGAUUUUGUUAUUAUGUAUAUAUGCUGAAUGGUGCCCAUAUCAUCAUUUCCAUUCUUUUUUAUUAUUAUUUGAAAGAAUCAUCAUUUUCCAUUCAUUAGUUAGUCUUUAUGAAUAUGUGUUUUGGACCUUUUGGUUCAAUUUUGCUAUUUGCUAAAUAAAAUCUCUCUUUCACUACGUUCUUUUUUUGAACUACUUGAUACAUAAACGUAACCGAUAUGGUUUUAACGUUUAAGACCAUAUGAUUUUUGACAACUUAGCUGGAAGCCUGGAACAAAGGAGAUGACAACACUUACAACCUAACAGAAGCCUAAAAUAACAAUAAACUAGUGACAAAAAUGAACUUCAGUGUGUCUUAGAGCAUGAUUAACCCAGAGUUCUUAGGAUAGGGUUUUUAGUCGAAGUUAAGAAACUAUUUCUUAACUUUUAUAUUUAAAAGUUAAGAAACAGUUUCUUAACUUCCGCUAAGAUCCCCACUUUAAGAACUUCGGGUUAAUCAUGGUCUUAUAUUCACGGUUGCUACUCCCUCACGAGAUAUGUUUCUCUCUUCUUUUUAACGGCCGUCCACUCUAUUUCUUUAAUAAUUUGGGUUGGCUUAGUUAAUCUCUCAUCUCUAGUUGUGGCCAUGUGAGUGUUUGCUCCCAGUGUUGCGAAUGGUUGGUGGCACUUAGGAAAAACUGUGGAUCAAUUACAUUCUUACAGUUACAUUUACACAGUAAUGUUGUUUUACUCAUGGUGACAACGUGUAUGACAAGAACCAACUAACUGUCCAUAUUAUAAAUGUAAUUCACAAUCCAACCAUUAAAUAACAUAUGCUUCGUAUCACAUAUAAAAUGAUAUUAUGCUCAUAUUUAUUUAUAGAAUUACACAAUAUCUUCAUUGGGUAGGUAACAAAUCAAUUUACAUCUCAUUCUCGUACCGAAAUACUCAAUUCCGUGCCUUCAAAGUUAAAAGUACAAAGCCAAAUCAAACCAAGAAUCACAAUAUUUUGUGGUUUUCUAUAUAAACCUGUCUCGGAUGGUACAAACAAAACCCUAAAUCAUUUUCCUUUUAGCAAAUCAAGUUGACAAAUUAGUAAGUGACACGAACACCUGUAUACCGGAGAAUCUCUCCAAUGAGUUCUCCUCUCCAAUGAGUUCUCCUUUACCAGAACCAACAUACCGGCCACAAAUAUCACCGUUUCUAAUGAACAAGAAAGUGGGUACUUCUAUAAUAUUCAUGUCCUUGAGAAACUCCAUACAGCUAUCGUUCUCGUCCCCGUUCAUUCUAGCGAACACGACAGUCUCCGACAUGGACCGGGACAGCUUCAGCACUGUCGGAUAAACCUUGACGCAGGGCCCACAAUGUUUCGGACCGACGUCGAGCACAAUCAGCUUGCCUCCACUGCGAUUCUCGUCGAUCAGCUUCUCCACGUCAGCUCUGCCGUGCGACUGCCCCACUGCCGAGUGGUUGUCGCCGUAGUAUAGCACGUCCCCCGUUAGCUGGUCUGGUCCGAUACCUACCAAAUGGUCAACGUUUUCCACGUAUUUUACGUGUUUGCCACUAUACUUUAAAUGUGACUAAAUUUAUUUUUAUAUUUUCUCCGUUUUACAAAUAUUUGAAUUUUUUACACUUUUACAUUUAAAAAAAAAAUAAUAUCAAACUAAUUUUUUUUAUAAUAUUUUAAUUUCAAAAGAGUUAUUAUUUUAUGUGGUUGUCAUCUUUAAUUAUUACAGAUAAAAUAGGUAACUGAAACACAAAACUUAUAUCUUAAAUCGAUAAAUAUUAUAGCAUUUAUUUUUAUGAAAGGCAGGAAAUAUUAGAGUAAAAGUAAUUAGAGAAAUUUCGAGUUAACCUUCUUCCUUGUGUAUCUUCUCCAUGCUCAUAUCUCUCCGACAAAGCUCUCUGGUCUUUUCAGACUCAUCACCCAUGACGAGAGCAAGAAAUCGACGUCAUUACAGGUCCUGCUCAGCUCAACCAUAAACGGAUGUAUCUUGUUACUCUGAUCACUCUUACUUUUGUUGGAACUGUAUUUGAUUAAACCAAAAAGAAGGAAAAAGAAAAGAAGAAGAAGAAUAAUGUGAAAGGAGCAACAAGUUAAGGAGCCGUUGAAAGUUGCUGUAAAAGUACGUUGAAAAGUAAACUUGAUUUGGAUCAAACAUUAUUGGGUUAAUCAUGUGUUGAUCCAAAUCUUAGAUCAAAUUUUAGAAAAAUAAUCCACCUCCUUAGAAUAAAAAUCUAGAUAUUCUCAUAGAAUUAUCUAGAUAAUUAGGAUAAAAAAUCUUAGAUAUUAUGGUAGAAUUCUCUAGAUUUAGUAUUAAAAUAUGUAAGAUAUUUUGUAUUUUGGAGGCUAUAAAUACACCGACUCCCCUUUCAUUUUGUAUCAUGAAGAAAUAAUCUAAGUUUGUAACAAGUAAUAAAAAUCAUCUUCUAAGUUAUAAAAGCUUUCUUCUUCACAAAACUUCUUUCUUUUCAAACACUUAAACACUUUCUCCAUCUCUACAAAGUUUUUCAUUUCAACAAAGUGGUAUCAGAGCUAUAAGUUCCUUUUGAAGAUGGCAAACAGUGGUGUUCCCUUCCAAGUUCCAUUGCUCACUAAGAGCAACUAUGACAAUUGGAGUCUUAGGAUGAUGGCUAUCUUAGGAGCACAUGAUGUGUGGAGGAUAUUUGAGAAAGGCUUCAAUGAACCGGAGAAUGAUGGUGGUCUAUCUCAAACUCAAAAGGAUGGUUUGAGAGAUUCAAGGAAGAUAGACAAGAAGGCUCUCUGUCUAAUCUAUCAAGGAUUAGAUGAAGAUACAUUUGAGAAGGUUGCUGGUGCAAGGACGUCCAAAGAAGCAUGGGAGAAGCUUCAGACAUCUUACAAGGGAGCGGAACAAGUUAAGAAGGUACGACUUCAAACUCUACGAGGAGAAUUUGAAGCAUUACAAAUGAAGGAAGGAGAACUCAUCUCAGAUUACUUCUCAAGAGUCUUGACGGUUACUAAUAACCUAAAAAGAAAUGGUGAGAAGUUAGAUGAGGUGAGAAUCAUGGAGAAAGUUCUUAGAUCACUGGAUUCAAAAUUCGAGCAUAUCGUCACCGUGAUUGAAGA